GCGCACGCAGUGAUCUGAUUGGGUGCUGCAGAGCGCGACCCGUUGUGAGUAGAGUCUAAGGAGGCUUUAUAAACAGAAGACCCCAUGUGUCCACUUGAAACUUGACAUCUUGAACAGUUUAAGUAUUCUAUUAGUCAUCGACGCAUUAUUCCCGCUUUUCAGAAUGUCUACAGAAAACUUCAGAAUGCCCACAGACAACUUUUCAGACUUGGAGCUGGAGCUAACUGAUCUGCUCCAGGAGUUCGCUGAUGUGGUUGAGGAGUUGAGAGAGCCUUCACAAAGCGUCCCGUACGCAUACGAGCGGCUCCUGUCUGAAGCCAAACGGCGCACCGGGCUUGGGGACGAGGGCUCAGUGGUCAGCGACAGCGGCGUGGAGGACAAUAGUGACUGCAGCAGUGAGGUGUCUCUGGGUAACAGUUGGAACACCAGCGAAGAAGAGCUCCACACUGCAGGCAUAACAGUGACGCCCAAAGCCAGAAUGGGAGACACAGAAGACCUACAGAGAUUCAUCGACAGUUUGGACCGGGAACUAGCUGAUAUGUGAACGGAAAGAGACGGAGAGAGACGGAGAGAUUUAGAGGGAGAAAGACGGAGAUGGAGAGAGACGGAGACGGAGAGAUGUCGAUGGAGAGAGACGGAGAGAGACGGAGAGAGAUGGAGAAGGCGAGAGAGCUGCUGAGACCACGUGGAAAGAGAAGAGAGAACAGGCUGCAUGGAUGGCUACUGCUGAACACACACACACACACACACACACACACACACACACACACACACACACACACACACACACACACACACACACACACACACACACACACACACACACACACACACACACACACACACACACACACACACAGAUCUAAAAUAGCACAGUUCUGUCCUGUUGUGUUCGGAGAAAGCCAGCUCUCUCCUGGCCCCUCUGGGGAAAAACAUGAGGAAUUAAAAGAGCAUCAUGUUCCAAUAUCUAGAACAACACUGGACCUGAGGUGGUAGACUACAUCCCUUCCCUCAGACUGGUGACGUGGUCACACCUAAAUCAUGCUGUCUUAUAGACAACCUGUCUCUCUUCAACAGGAGAACACGAACGUGUCUCUCUUCAACAGGAGAACACGAACGUGUCUCUCUUCAACAGGAGAACAUGAACCUGUCUCUCUUCAAGAAGAGAACAUGAACGUGUCUCUCUUCAACAGGAGAACAUGAACCUGUCUCUCUUCAACAGGAGAACACGAACGUGUCUCUCUUCAACAGGAGAACACGAACGUGUCUCUCUUCAACAGGAGAACAUGAACCUGUCUCUCUUCAACAGGAGAACAUGAACGUGUUCUCAGCAGAGACUCCACAGUAUCUUGUGAUCAGUAAGUGUUUAUGUCAACCUGCUGUUUCCUGGUGGAAGGCCUUAUAAUAGUGAAACCCAAUGUUAUCACAACCCAAUGUGUUGGAACCUCCCCAUGUACAGUAAUUGUGUAAAUGCUCCGUUCUAUAUUGUAAAGUGCAAAGUGAUGUACAGUAUUAUAUUAUACAAUACUACAAACAGACCAGUCCCUAACCUGAUGAUGAUAAGGAUUUUUGUACAGAGGAAUAAAGAUACGUAUUUAAAAAAA